UGCUAAGAUGUGGAAUUUUAGCAAGAUUCAUGUUCCUUACAUUAGAAACUCGUGUGAUUGUUUCAGCUAUCACCAUCACUACCACAAAAUGGAUGGAUUUGGAUUUAAAAGAAUGCAAGAAAGCAAACAAGAUGGCCAGCUGCGUGUCAUCACUAAAGACGACACAAGUGAUAGUCUUGCGUCCGACUCACAGGAUGAAGCAACAAAAAAAGAAUUUAAUGGUUUUCGAGGCACAUGUCUGGCUGUUAUGAAUCACCACUAUUGCCAAGUAGCGAUCGUUGUUCUUGUGAUCCUGGAUGUGAUAUUUGUCUUGGCAGCAUUGGUCUUGGACAUGCAGAUGUCUACCCCCAGUGAUUGUGGGAAUUCUACAGAAACUCAAGAGUUUGAAGAAAACACAGCCAGUGCGGUGUUACACUACUGCAGUCUUACAAUACUUAGUUUAUUUAUGAUAGAGAUCUCGCUACGCAUUUAUUGUAUGCGACUAGAAUUCUUCAAACAUAAACUGGAAGUCUUUGAUGCUGUUAUAGUUAUUAUAUCGUUUUCCUUUGAUGUGGCGUAUGCAAUAUCUCCAGAUACUUUCCACGACAUCCUGGGACUUCUGGUUAUAUUCCGAUUAUGGAGGGUAGUCCGGAUAUUUAACGGUGUUCUCAUCUCUGUAAAAAAUCAAAAUGAGAAGAAACUUGCAGCUCAGAGAAGAAAAUGUUCAGAACUUGAGCAAGAGUUGGAGAAAUUUCGGCAAUAUUGUACUGUUCAAGAGAAUGAAAUUGAACUGUUACGAGAUGAACUUAAAAAACACGGAAUAACGUUAGAGGCUGAAGAAAAGAAAGAACGGCCACAGUCUCUGACACAAGUAGAUGUAAUAGUAGAAGUCAAUAAAGUCAAUGAAAAGACAAUUGAGAGUUUAGAUCGUAAAGACUUUAAGGAGGACAUUGAUGCGGUUGAUUAUAGCGAUGUGACGCCGGAUCCACCUAGUACUGAAACAGAUAAAAGUCCAACAAGAAGUACGAGUAGCACUAUUCCAGAAUCUCCUCAAGAACCAGAUUAUGGUAGCAACUGCUAG